AUGCUAGCGACACUGCUGCAGGUGCAGAGAGCUAGCAGCAGCUUGACAAGUUCUUUCACGACCGCGAGGAAGGCUGGGGGACAAGGUCACGAAGACCUCAUUUCGCUGCUCGUGAACGGUCAGUUUGAGGUAGCCAUCAAAAAGACCUUUGCUUCUGUGGAUGAGGCCCUGCCGAUGUGGCUGUGCCGCGAGGCCCUCCAAAACUUCCGUCGCCGGAGCUGGCCAUCUCCCGGAGCCUUCUUGCGACAGGCACCGGAUCCAUUACCGAGUGCAUCCCUUCGGUGUCUAUUGCUUACCAGGUUCAUGAAGGUUUCUUCGGCUGCGGACCUUUCCAUGGAGGCUGUGGAACAGAAUCUCGACUGGGUCGUCAGCCUUGGCGAGGGGCUGCAGCUGCCCGCUGCCGACUUUGCUGAAUUCACUGCUGACUUGCCCAACUUACAGCGCAUCGUGAUCGCGCUUGUCCGCUUGGAGGUGCCUUCAGCGGCGGCUGCUGCCUCGGACGCGCAGCAGCAAAGGCUAAAGCACAGUGCUCGGCGUGUGGCGGAUGUGCUCCAGGCCAUCGAGGAGUUGCCAGAUCAGUUCCCGCUCGCUUUCCAAUAA